AUGUCAAUUCGUUCUGUCGGGAUAACCUCCAUGAAUCGUAACGAUGAAACGAAACUGACAAAAGGAUCACAACUCAAUACAAAUUCAUUGGCUCUAAAUCCUCAACAAUUACAGAACUACGAUCGAUCUUCACCAUCAUUUGAUGCAGGAACAAACAGCAUAAAUAAAAAUAACAAUAGACAAUCACAAUCAAAAGAGUUACUUGACAGUUUAUCGGACAAAUCGGAUAGUGAUGAUUUGUCACCGUCCGAAGAAGAGGGUAAAGAUUUUCGUCAAAUAGGAGGUCAAUAUUUACCAGAACUAAGGGCAUCAGCAAGACAACGUAAACAAUUUCAAAAAUUAUUUUUAAAAGAAAUAUCUGAUAUGCCCGAAUUAAUUGAUCAUUAUGUGUGUGCUUAUCAAGGUGAUAUUUUAUUACAAGGUAAAAUGUAUAUGACUGAUAAAUAUUUAUGUUUUCAUUCACGAAUAAUUGCCUAUGUUACAAAGCAUGUCUAUCGUUGGGAUCAAAUUGAAAAUGUCACCAAAGAACGUGUAGCAUUUAUUUUUCCAACAGCAAUUGGUAUACAAAUCAAAGAAACUGGAAAAAAAGUUAUUUAUGCAUCAUUUUUAAUGCGUGAUGCCGCAUAUGACACCAUACUUCAAUUAUGGAAUACCUAUUUAGAAAACGAGUCGACAAGAGAAGAUACUGAAGAUGAAAAUGGUACAAAAAAUUCAACAUUGAAAGCUCAGCCGUGUACAUGUUAUAAUGUCAAUGGUAAUAAACGUGAGAAUGCAUUAACAAGUUCAUAUAAUGAAAGAGUAGAUGGUAAUAGUUUAACAAACAAGGAUGAUAGAUUAGUCGAUGAUGUGAUACAACGUUGCAUUGAUCAAGAAGAAAAGACAAAACAAGCCGAACAGGAUAAACUAUUUAAAAAGAACAAUCAACAGGAGCGACAACCAUCCGUAACAUCUAAAAGUAGUGACGAGAAACAACAACAAAAGAAACGUAGAAAAUUGAAAGAUGUUAGUAUCAAUUUAAAAAUGCAUACAGAUGCAGCAGCUGAUACCGAUCGAUUGAUUAUAAAAGCCCCAGCUGAACAUUUAUGUGGUCGACAUCCAGACGUAAAACAGCAAAAUUAUAAACAGAAAAGUAUCAGUCAUAAAACAGAUUCAAAAAAACAUCCCCAACAUCCAGAUCGUAUACGCAAACUACACCGAACUCGAAGUGCAUCAACACAUCGUCAAUUGUUAGAUAAAAAUGUUUCUAAUCAGAGAAUAAAGAACCAUUCUCAAAAUCGUUCUGUUACUCCUGAACCCAUGACGAAUAUUGAGAAUGAUAACACCACAACUACAGACAACGAUAGUGUAUUAUUAUUUCCACCUUCUUUAAACUCAUCAACAGUAAUAACACAAGAAAAUUCUCUGACAGAAAGAAUAUUAAAGAAAUUUUUAUUAAUGAUAAAUCGUCUAAAAUCCUAUUCUUUUAGGACAUCACUAGCAUUUCUCAUAUUUAUUAUUUUACUCUUUUUUCAUUCACUAUAUCUAAUUCGAUUAGCCUAUCGUAUUGAAAAUCGAUUACACGCAUUACGCCACAUAUGGCCAACUCCGUCGUCGUCAACAGUCAAACCUAAUAUACCAUCUGCGGCACAAAUGGGAUAUAAAGACAUUUGA